AUGGGGAAUAAAUUUUUUAGAUUUCUUGAUAUGUGGGCCCUUCACCCUGACUUCUUGCAGACUGUUGAAAGAUCUUGGGUGAUGGAGACGGAUAUUGUUUGUCCAAUUUACAAAGUCAUGGCGAAGCUUAAAAGGCUGAGGCAUGAGCUCCGGAACUGGAACAAAAGCACCUUUGGUAAUGUGGAUACCAUGCUCAUGAACACGCAGCAGAAACUUUUAGAUAUUCAAAUGCAGAUCGCCUCUGAUGGCUAUACGGAGUAUCUUUUUGACAAGGAACUAGCUGCGCAAGCAAAGAUUAAUACCGCCCUUUGCCGUAAGAACUCUCUUCUACAGCAGAAGAGUCGUAUUUCAUGGUUGAAGGAUGGGGAUAGGAACACUAAUUUCUUCCACGCCAUGCUGAAAUACAGGAAAAAGCCUCACAUCAUUUCUCACCUCGAAGUGAAUGGAGAGCAGGUGUUUGAUCAAACUCAGAUUGGCAACCAUAUUGUCAAUUUUUUCUCCACUUUGUUCACUGCCGAUAACCAAGGUCUUGAAGAUAUUGUUGCUGUUGAAGCUGUGAUCGACACUUUUGUUUCCGACCUUCAAAACAAUCUUUUGGUUCGCUUGCCGGAUGAAGAGGAAAUCACUGCAGCGGUUUUUACUAUGGACUCUUAUAGCUCUCCGGGCCCUGACGGUUUUUCUGGAAAAUUUUGUCAAAGUUGCUGGCAAAUCAUCAAGAGUGAUAUUUGGGAGGCGGUUCAAGCUUUCUUUCGGCAUAGUUAUUUGCCUCAAGGGUGUAACUCGAAUACUCUUGUUCUGAUUCCGAAGAAGGACGUGGUGCGUUCGGUUGCCGACCUCAGGCCUAUUGUUUUAUCCAAUUUUCUCUUCAAGAUUAUCUCUAAGGUGCUGGCUUCUCGUUUGAACCAGGUGGCACCUUCUUUUGUUUCACCUCAACAAUUUGGCUUUAUAAGUGGUCGCUCCAUCCACGACUGCAUCAUUUUGGGUUCUGAGGGAUUUAAUUAUAUGCGUCGCACCGGUAAAGGUCAGAAUAUGGCAUGUAAAAUUGACAUCAAGAAAGCGUUUGGCACCCUGAAUUGGAGUUUCCUGCUUAACGUUCUGAGGGUAGCAGGUUUUCACAGCAUUUUUAUUCGUUGGAUUGAAGUCAUCCUCCACUCAGCUAGAAUCUCAAUUUUAUAUAAUGGCCAACUUCAUGGCUACUUCGGCUGCUCUCGUGGUGUUCGGCAAGGGGAUCCCCUUUCGCCAAUUUUGUUCGGCAUUGCUGAAGACGUGUUGAGCAUUCUUUUUAGCAACUGUGUUAAUUCCGACCAUCUGGUGCCGAUGCCUUGGAGUAGGAGGAAGAGCUUCACCACUCAUCUCUUUUACGCUGACGAUAUUCUUGUCUUUUUCCAGGCUACCAUUAGCAAUGCUCAUACUCUGUGGAAAAUUCUGGAUUUUUAUGGAAAUAUUUCGGUUCAGAUCGUGAGUCAAGAAAAAUCUCAUAUUUUUUUUACGGACAAGGUCCCGUCUUCUACUAAGAGAUCGAUUGAGGGCAUCCUUAAGUUUGAACCUGGUAGAAUUCCCUUCAAUUAUCUUGGUGUACCCAUUUUUCAGGGGCGGGCGCGUGCGUCUCAUCUCCGUGCCAUACAUGACAAAAUUCUGAAUAAGUUUGCACGUUGGAAGGGGCUCCAUCUCUCGAUGGCUGGUAGGCUUUGCUUGAUUCAAUCGGUGAUUCAGAGUUCUCUUACGCACUCGAUGAUGAUCUAUAAGUGGCCUCGUUCUCUGCUCACUAAACUGGAUACAUGUUGUCGCAAUUUCCUUUGGACAGGAAACAUUAAAAAAAUUGCCUCUUGUCCGGUUAGCUGGGCCCGGGUUUGUGCUCCGAAAUACGAAGGUGGCCUUGGACUUCGUUCCUUCAAGUUGCUUAAUAAGUGUUUUCUGAUGAAAAUGGCGUGGACGUUAAUUCAGGGGCGUGAUUUUGGCUUUGACACGAUUCGUGAUCGCUAUCUUGAUCAUUUUUGUCGUAAGAAGAAGUGGAUUGCCCCUUCUUCGAUCUGGCUGGGGUUAAAAGAGGAAAUUGAUGAUCUCAUUGGUAAUACUUACACCCAUAUCGGGGAUGGUUCGUCUACGUCCUUCUGGCAUGAUGAUUGGCUCGGUUAUAACCUUGCUAGCAGAUGUAAUAUUCCUUCGUUUAUGGCCCCGUUUUGUCAACAGUCGGUGGCGGACUAUUUCCAUGAUGGCUUGUGGCACUUCACUCAGGCUUUCAUUAACACUUUUCCAGAAGUGGUAUGUGACAUUUUGUUGCUUCCUUUGGGGGAGGAGAAAGAUGUCUGUUUCUGGAAGCCUUCUUUGCAUGGAAAUGUUACGGCAGCUCUGGCUUUUAAGAAUCAUUCUGCUGAGACUCUUGAUCAUCCUUUUUGGAGCUGUAACCGGGUGAGAGUUGUCUGGACCUCAUUUUUGGAUUGGUUUCAAUAUCAACAAGGGUUGGAUGCGCUUGGAAUUUACAAUUUUCUGGCGGAAGCUUGGAACUAUAAGCUAAGCUCUCUUACUACAAGCUUCUGGAAAGCGGGGAUCAUCACGCUCUUGUGGGCCAUUUGGAUGCAACGGAAUAGAUGCAUUUAUGAUAAUCAACGCUUCGAGGCUUCCCGCAUCCUUCACACGAUUAAGGUGGCUUUUUAUGACAUGGAUAAUAAUUUUCGGAAGCUUGGUCAUAUGGAUAACAACUGGAAAGACUACCUCAUUCUUCGUCAUAUUGGUGUUAGAUCGAGACCUUCUCCUCCUUCGGAGUAUGUGAAUGUUUAUUGGUCGACGCCUUCCCCGCCUUGGAUGAAAGUGAAUACUGACGGAUCGGCGGCUGGAGCACCGGGUCUUAUUGCUGCGGGGGGUGUCUUCAGAGACAGUUGGAACGUGGUUCGUGGGUGCUUUCACUACAAGGGUGGCGUUGGUUUUGCUUUUGAAGCGGAGCUUCUCGCUGUCAUUAGCGCGAUUCAAAUAGCCCAUGCUCGUGGCUGGCAUGAUCUAUGGAUCGAGGCUGACUCCACUUAUGUGGUUAAUCUGCUGCAGAAACACUCGUCGGACGUCCCAUGGAGGUUUGCAGCGGUUUGGAAUUCUAUUCUCAAGUGUAUGCCGUCCUUCAGGCUUCAGGUGACGCACAUUUUUCGUGAAGGCAAUGCGGCAACGGAUAUUAUGGCAAACCAACAUCGUAUGGAAGGGUGGUGGCCACAUGAAAUUGGUGACAUUUCUAUUACGGUGCGUAAGGAUAUGGACUCCUGUAGCCAUGUUCGUAUGGUGAAGUAA